AUGGACGGGGACAACGCAGUCGCAAGCAGCUCGGGCUCCACGAGCGCUGCGCAUCAGCUGCUACGGGAAGCGCUGAAUCCCGACAAGGUCUCAGACGCACAGGUGUCGCAGUACUACCGCGAGCGACUGCAAGAUCGUCGCAUCCAGAUCACCAACCUCGAUCGCGCGCGGCCCAAGACCGGCGGCACAGACGCAGACGCACGCCUCCGCGCCGAGAAUAAGCUCGUACGUCGCAGACGCAGGGUCAAGAGCGAGCUGUCCGAACUCAAGCGCAUGCGCAUCGCCGCUGGCCGAUCUAAGCGACACGCACACGCACAAGCCCACGAGCACGAGCAAGAGCACGAGCACGAGCAAACAUCCGAACCUCGCCCCUCGGCAGAAGAUGUCUCCGACGACCGCGCUGCGAAGGACAUCGUACGUGGCAAGCAGAGGCUCCUUUCUGAUGCUUCGAAGCAGCUCCGGCGUCUGCGAUCCAUAUCGCGCGAAGGCAAAACUCCGGCCAAGGCGGUGGACAAGCAUGCGCGGCGCGCGCUGAGUCGCACGCAACGCAAGCGACUGGGCCUCGAAGACGUCGACCCUCACAUCACAUACGACCUCGUGCGGCCGCUGCACGAUCUGUGGCGCACAUACAUCCAGCAGCUGCUCAACAUCGUUGCGCUCAACGGCCGGGGUGAGCUGAUGGCCAAUCCGCAGUUCGACGCGCGGCAUCUCGCCACCAUGUCGUCCGGUACGGUGAGUGCGAUCCAGGCGUCGCUGAUCAAGGCGGACCUGUGCGGUGCCGAGGUGGAGGUGGUGCGUGCGGCGAAUCCAUCGCUGGUGGCCCAGCGCGGACUGGUGGUCAAGGAGACCGAACAUACCCUCAUCCUCGCCGUGCCACCUCAGGCCGGGGAUCAGCGGGGCAGGGAGAAGAGCACGCGAACGGUACCAAAGAAGAACGCCGUGUUCGCAGUCGAUGUGCCCCUCACAGAUGCGGCUGGUAAGCUGCGGUUCGAACUGCACGGCAACCAUAUGAUGCACACGCUGCCCUCGAGAGCCACGCGCAAGUACAAGGCUCGUCCCACCAUCGAUUUCUAG